CAGGUUUGGCAGUAUGGUGUCAGAAGAGGGUCAUGAAACAUAAAUCCUGAGGUAACUGGAGCCGAAGGCUUUUGCAGCCUGGGCUGGGGUCCUGGUGCACUCAUUGCUCUAAGCCUCCGUGUCUCCGUCCCUUGGGAAGCAGAUAGAGUCGUGGGAGCCGAGCUCCAAAUCUGAGAAUAAUCUGCCUGCUGGCCAGCAGGGCAGCCCGUGCGGCUGAGGGGCUGCGGCCCCGGCGGCGGUGGUAGAGGUGGUGGUAGUGAGAGUGAGAGUGAGAGUGGUAGAAUUACUGGUAGAGGUAGAGUUAGCGAAGGAGAAGGAGGCUGCGACGGCGGCGGGGGGCUCCGCUGCUCGCUGUUCCGGAGCGGGCAGAAGGGGACCGGGAAGCUUGAAGCUAGGAUUCCCUGGCCGCGUGGAGGAAGCGAAGAAAGAGAGGCAGCAGCAGGAGGCCGGGUCGCAGUGCCGCGAGAGAGCGAGAGUCAGAGCAGGAAGAUGCUGCUGUCCCUGGUGCUCCACACGUACUCCAUGCGCUAUGUCCUCCCAGCCGCUGUCAUGCUGGGUACGGCCCCCACCUAUAUCCUGGCCUGGCUGGGCUGGCGUCUUUUCUCUUUAUUCGUGCCGGGAGCACGCCUCUAUCGGGAGGUGGAUGAUCGCUUCUACACCAUCUACCAGAGCAUGGUGCUCUUCUUCUUCGAAAACUACACUGGCGUCCAGGUAAAACUAUAUGGAGAUUUGCCAAAACAUAAAGAAAAUAUAAUAUACUUAUCAAAUCAUCAGUGCACAGUUGACUGGAUUAUUGCUGACAUUUUGGCAGUCAGGCAGAAUGCUCUUGGACAUGUACGAUAUGUUCUGAAAAAUGGCUUAAAAUGGCUCCCAUUGUAUGGGUGGUAUUUUUCUCAGCAUGGAGGAAUCUAUGUAAAACGAAGUGCCCGAUUUAAUGAAAUGGAAAUGAGAAACAAGCUACAGAGCCAGAUGGAUGCAGACACGCCAAUGUAUCUCGUGAUUUUCCCGGAGGGAACAAGGUACAAUCCAGAGCUAACAAAAGUUAUUACAGCUAGUCAAAUAUAUGCUGCUGAACAAGGCCUUCCAGUGUUAAAACAUGUCUUGACACCAAGAAUAAAGGCAACAUAUGUUGCAUUUGACUGUAUGAAGAAUUACUUGGAUGCAAUUUAUGAUGUUACAGUAGCUUACGAAGGUACUGUGGAUCAACUAGGAAAGAGAAAAGAAGCUCCUUCUAUGGCUGAAUUUCUCUGCAAAGAAUGUCCAAAAGUUCACAUUCACGUUGAUCGCAUAGACAAAAAAGAUGUCCCAGAAGAACUGUCAUCAAUGAGAAAAUGGCUUCAUGCCCGCUUUGAAAUAAAAGAUAAGUUGCUGAGAGAAUUCUAUGAUUCACCGGAUCCUCAAAAUAGAAACAAAUUUCCAGGGAAAUGUGUUGAUUCCAAACUAAGCCUCAAGAAAACUUUACCAUCUUUACUGUUCUUAGGUGGUCUGACUGCUAGUAUGAUCAUGACAGAAGCUGGAAGGAAAUUGUAUGUGAAAACUUGGAUAUAUGGAACCGUAAUUGGCUGCCUGUUGGUUAGUUUUAAAGUGUAAGCAAAUGCUGUCUUCAAUCAGUGGAAUGUGCUAACCUAUCUUUUGAGAAGCAGCUGCACAUUAACCAAACUGUUUCCUGAAUUUUAAGGAAGUGUAAAUAAAGCCUUAUUGAUUGAA